GCUUUGAGCGCUGCCACUUUAGCAAGGGAUAGCGCAGUCAUGGAGGCGCCCUGUGAGGAGCCACCACCUUCCCCCUGCCCUCUGUAGGCUCCCGGCUGCCUGUGAGGAGGAGGAGGAGGAGGAGAGGGCGACGACGGGGAUUGCGAGGAGUUCCCGCUAGUGGCGCUGGCGUUCAGGGGCCGCGCCCUUUCCCGCCCCCUGCCGCUGGGACUCGCUUUCCGGAGACCGGUCGCUUCGGGUGCAAAAAAGUUGCUGCGUUCUUCCUGCGUUCGAAGCCUUCCUCUCGGACCUCUUGCUUCUGUUUGGCUUUGCAGAACUUGAAGCUGUAGUCUUGCCCCACUGCUUUGCUGGCUUUCUGCCCCUUUCUUACACCCUGAAGGCUUGGUCCAUUAAGUGAGAACUGAAAAUGUCCCAGGACCCAGGCAGGCCAGAUACAAGUGAAGGAACAUCAGGUAAAUCAGAAGAUAAUCAGCAGGACAACUUGGAUAACUCAGAACAGUCUUCCAGCAGAGGCAAUACACCUCAAGCUAGCCCUCCUCAGUUUGUGUCAGUGGAGGAGCUGAUGGAAACGGCAAAAGGAGUUACCAACAUGGUGUUGGCCCAUGAAAUUGUCGUCAAUGGAGGCUUCCAAAUUAAGCCAGCUGAACUGCCAGAAAACAGCCUUGAAAGAAGAGUAAGGGAUAUUGUCCACAAAGCUUUUUGGGAUUGCCUGGAAACACAGCUAAAGGAAGACCCACCAACAUAUGAUAAUGCAAUUAAACUUGUGGGAGAGAUCAAAGAGACGCUUUUGUCUUUUUUGCUGCCUGGCCAUACUAGAUUAAGAAAUCAGAUUACCGAAGCUCUAGACCUGGAGCUGAUAAAACAGCAGGCAGAGAAUGGUGCCCUUGACAUUUCUAAGUUGGCUGAGUUCAUUAUUGGAAUGAUGGGAACGCUCUGUGCUCCAGCUAGAGAUGAAGAAAUUAAGAAGCUGAAAGACAUUCAUGAAAUUCUUCCCCUGUUCAGAGAGAUUUUUUCUGUGUUGGACUUGAUGAAAAUGGACAUGGCUAAUUUUGCCGUCACCAGCAUAAGGCCACAUUUAAUGCAGCAGUCAGUUGAAUAUGAAAGGAAGAAGUUUCAGGAACUUUAUGAGAAACAACCAAAUUCCUUAGAUUUCGUCACUGAGUGGCUGCAAGAAGCUGCGGAUGACCUGAGAUCCAGAAUGGUGCCUGCUAUUGAUCAUGGCGCCACGUCUACCAGUACUGCCCCUGUGCUCUGUUCUGUUGCUGUACAGAAUCAUGCAUACCUUAAGCUCCUCAAAUGGGAUCAUCUGCAAAAGCCUUUUCCAGAGACUGUGCUAAUGGACCAGAGCCGCUUCCAGGAAAUGCAGCUGGAACUGGAGCAGCUUAUUUUAACUGGAGCGAUUCUUCUGGUAACAUUCAAUGCUGCAGGCACAGCGCUUUCAGGCUUGCCAGCAUUUACGGCCAAUCUUAAAAUGGUUAUCCGGGUACUGCUGACAGGUCUACACCUCCCCUCCUUCAACUUGAGUGAAGCAUUGGCUGUCGUAAGUGAAAAGACUUGUGCUGAAGUUAAUAGUUGCCUUUCCCAACAUGGAUUCACACCUUUCACACUUGAGAAGGAGACUGAGCUUAAAGGACAGAUCCAGGCUGUGGCCAAGCCUAAUAACACUGUGUGCAAACUGAUAGAUUCAAGAAUCCAGUCGUUUCUGGAGAGCUACCUUGCUUCUGGAGAUCAGAAAUCUCUUCCUGCCACUCCUGGUGGAUUAGGCCCUAUUCAGAAAGAGCUGGAGGAAAUGGCUAUCAAGUACGUUCGCCUUGUUGCCUACAACAAGAUGGUCUUCAGUCCUUACUAUGAUGCAGUUCUCAGCAAAAUACUGAAUGAAGAAGACUCAUCUUAGCUAUCUGUGAGGAAAACUGGGAAGGUGUCAGACUCAUUGGUAUGCUGCCCUAAAGAAGAUAAGGGUAGGAGAAGGCUGUCACACUCAUGCUAAUGAUGAGGGCUGGGAAACAGAGGCCUCUUUCAGACCCCAGUUGUUUCUUGGGGAUCCCCACAGUCUGUCUUGGUAUCGCCUAUUCCCCACCAGGCCCCCUCAAACACAGACCAGCUCUGUUUAGGAACUUAAGUAAAAUUCAACACAGCACAGUUUUAUUUAGGCACUUGUGUGUAGGAGGCAGAGCGAGGAGUACCAAGAUUUAAAUGUUCACUUCCCCCUGCUUUCACCCAAGUUCAAUAACUGCUCAUAGCCAAUGCCAGUCCACCAUUGGACACUGCUCCCAUCCCAUCCUGGUCCUUCUGGCUGCUGAGUGUGCUUCUAUACAUGGGUCACUGUUGUUUGGAUCGGGGGGGGGGGGGUCAACUGUAUGUGUUGCUUAGCAUGUGUGCUUGCAGACAGAUUGCUGGCACGGAUCAUGCUGAAUUCCUCCUGCCCUCCCCCCACUUUACCUCAUAGAGUAGCCUUUGGCUGAUCCAGCAGACAACCCACGAGCAGGAAGUUUCCCUCUGCCCGUCAUAUCACCCUUGCUGGGCUUGGAUGCAAUACUUUUAUUUGAAUGUUAGAAAUUGUGAUUUUAAAUUUAUAGUGGGAAGUGGACUACCUUUAAUAAUAAUAAUAAUAAUUUAUUAUUUAUACCCCGCCCAUCUGGCCGGGUUCCCCCAGCCACUCUGGGCGGCUUCCAACAAAACAGAAAUUCUAAAAUACAGAAAUCCAUCAAACAUUAAAAUACAGAAAUCCAUCAAACAUUAAAAGCUUCCCUAAACAGGGCUGCCUUGAGAUGCCUUCUAAAGGUCUGGUAAUUGUUGUUCUCUUUGACCUCUAGUGGGAGGGCAUUCCACAGGGUGGGUGCCACUACCGAGAAGGCCCUCUGCCUGGUUCCCUGUAACUUGGCUUCUCGUAGUGACCUCAGUGUCCGGGCAGAACGAUGGGGGUGGAGACGCUCCUUCAGGUAUACCGGACCGAGGCCGUUUAAGGUCCCAUGAAGUUUAUAGAAAACUUUCUGCUAGGUUUUAAAGUGUUUUCAGGAGUUCAUAAACAUGUGACUUAUUGGAUACUUGAGGACAUUAACUGUUUCUUAGGUAGGCUCACUUGUUAAGUGUUUUCUAAGAUCAGAGACAUGGAUGUGUAUGUUGAGUCACAAAUAUGGGAGGCAAAAAUAAUUCUGUGAAUUGACUUUAGAAAUUGCUUUUGGUUGAAAAGCCACACUGCACAGUAUGCUUCCUGAAUGUUUAGUAGCUGUUUUAAUCUUAAAGGGGGAACAAAGAUAAAAAGCCUCUACAUUAGUGCUUAAGUAAUCUCUCUGAAUAAUAGAAUUGCUCUAAAGCAGACCAGCUCCCACCCAUCAUUAUUUGAUGAAACUUUCUCUGUUUAUUUUUUUAAAAAAAGAGGUUCUCUUUAACUAUUCAGCCCAUUGUGUUUAAAAUGUGAUGCUUGUGAUGUCUGGAUAUAUGGCAAAAGUAUAGGGCUAAAUGGUUUUCCUCUGUGAAAAACUGGUUAGCACCUACCUGAAACGUAGAUCUAUGAAGUUUGAGUGAGUCUGUGAGGUUGGGUUUUAGGACCCACCAGUGCAGCAAAGGCAAGACAAAUGUCUUGGGAAGGGGACGGAGCUCCCAGCAUUCUUCAGUCUAUAGACUCACCAAGUGGAAAGCAGGCACUGAAAUUCAAAUGGUUAUGAAAAAGAACAGUAGCAAGGACAAACAUACAAUUGUCCCUCCCUAAAAGUAGAACUGCAACAGGAGUAAAUUUGCCUUGAAGGCAAGGCUUGAUAAUUACACAACCAACCUAAUCCCAACAAGGGAUACUUCCAAUCAACUCUCAAUUUUUUUUUAAAAAAAAUCCUUCCAGUAGCACCUUAGAGACCAACUACAGUAAGUUUGUCAUUGGUAUGAGCUUUCGUGUGAAUGCACACUUCUUCAGAUACACUGAAAUGGAAUUCACCAGACCCUUAUAUAUAGUGAGAGGGUGGGGAGGGGUAUUACUCAGAAGGGUGGUGGGAAUGGGUGAUUGGUUGAUAGGUGUGGUAAACCUGUUGACGACUGUUAACAACUGCAAUUGGUCUUACAGGAAAAAGCAAGGGGUGAGAUUGCUAAAAAUAGCUUUAUCAUGUAUAAUAAGAUAAGAAUCCAAUGUCUCUAUUCAGACCAGGUCUCUCCAUGGUUUUAAGUUUGGUAAUAAGUUGCAGCUCAGCAACUUCUCUUUCCAGUGUAUUUCUGAAAUUCUUUUGUAAUAAGACAGCUACUUUGAGUUCUGGUAUAGAAUGUCCUGGGAGAUUGAAGUGUUCUCCUACUUGUUUCCCAGGACAUUCUAUAAAUGAUCUCAGCCCAGCAGGCUGUCAUCCAAUGUGAUGAUGGCUCAAGUUCGAUCUUCCAAGGGGAGUGCCUUUACGUAAGUUGUGGCUAUUUGUCCGCCAGCAUGUGGCCAGGCAGAGAUGAUGUGGAAUCAUGAUGUGAUAGUGUCUUCCUCCUGUGACCAGUCACUGGUGAGUGCUCCUAAGGCAGUAGCACCCACAGUGAUGGCUUGGCAUAGAGCUUUCCCCAAGGUGGUUUUUGUGAUGCUGAUAUGCACACCCAAAGGCAUGGGACAGCCAGGGCCAGCGCGUCCAUUUAGGCGAACUAGGCAGUUGCUGCCUCAGCCCCGCUGCUUUGGGGCGAAUCACGAGGGAGGGCUCUGUUUCCCUCCCUCGCGGCUUCCUUUGAAGCCCUCCUUCAAGGCUUUGAAGCAGCUGGUUUGAAGUCAGCCGGGGAGAAGGGAGACGCGGCUGCCCCUGCGAGAGGUGGCAACAGGAUCAGCGCCCCGAAAGCGCUCCUUUCGGGGCAUUCAUCCCGCUGCCUCUCGCAAGAGCAGGCUUCCUUCCCCCCCUCUCUUUCUUUUUCUCUCUUCUUUCUUUCUUUCUUUCUCUUUCUUUCCUUCCUUCCUUUCUUUCUUUCUUUCUCUCCCCUCCCUCCCUCUUUCUCGCUAUUUCCCUCUCACCCCUCCUCCCUCCCUCCCUCCCUUUCUCUCUCUCUCUCUGUCGCUGUUUCCCUCUCACUCACUCCCUUCUCUGUCUCUUCCCUCCCCCCCUCUCUUUCAUCCCUUCCUUCCUCGUAUUCCUUCCUUCCUUCCCUCCCUCUCUCUUUCCUCCCUCCCUCUAUUUCCCUCUCACCCCCUCCCCCUACCUCCCCCCUCUCUAUUUCUUUCUCACCUCCUCCUCCCUCCCUCCCUCCUGUCUCUUCCCUCCCUCCCUCCCUCCUCUCUCUUUCAUCUCUUCCUUCCUUGUCUUCCUUCCUUCUCUCUUCCCCCUACCUCCCUACACUAUUAUUCUGUGGUAGCAGGACUGUCACUGCUUUGGAACAUGUAGCAGAGAUCAUGGUUACAAUGAACAGGUUGGAUGUGAAAUACAUCUGUGUUUGAAAUAUGAUUGGCCGGAGGGGGGGGCGCCAGAAGGUGAUCUCGCCUAGGGCACAAAAAACCCUAGCACUGGCCCUGGGUACAGCUGUGUAAUGACCACUUUUUUGCUGUUAGGGGGCUUUUGAUGGCUGCUUUAAUUCAGAUGACUCUGUCCAGUGCUGAGGGGAUAAACCCUCUUACUGUGGCCAGAAGUGUCCCCAGAUGAACCAGUUGUUUCUUGGAGCUCAGGUGCACAGGGUGAAAUCUAGACAUGUCUCAGUGGCAUCUCCAAAUUGUGCUUGACCAUCUUUCAGAUAUAAAGUGUGGCAGAGUAGAUUAGCAACAGGAAGGUACUUUCAGCAGUUCUGUAAUGUCAAGUUGUAGAACAUAAAACUUGUUAGCCAAACAAGCAUAUUUUUUGUACUUCAGCAAAGAGUUCCACUCAUCCUUGGUCACAGAUGUAAAUGGAGCAGGAACUGGAACAUAUCUAGUCACUUUAGGUCAGGUAACUUGGUCACACCUGUGAGAGGUGCAGACAGCUCUUCAACUAGAUUUAUCAUUAUCAUUGUUUAUUUGUAUGCCGCCUAUCCAUAGUUAAAACCAUUCUCAAAGCAGUUUACAACAUGAAAAUAAUUACAUAACUGCAAACAUAACAAAAGUAGCCAUGACUGAUAAAUGAAAAGUACACAGCAUAAUCGAAAGGUACAAAAAAAAAAUCAGUAUCAAAAACAGCAAAAUUAUUAUCUCAAAAAUUUAAUCUUGACCCCCCAACAAACAAUCCUGAACAAUGCCCUACCCACCCCAAGAAUUUGUAAGUAUCCUGAAAAGCAGGUCUUCCAGGACUCACAGUCAAGAUGGUCCCCAAGCAAGGAGGGAAGACAUUGCCUUCCCACCUCCUGGUCCCAGGCCCUUAAUCCAUUGUUUACCCCAGGCUGCCUGGCUCAAGUUCCUCAGAAUAUUCACAACAGUUUCCCUCACUUCUUGUAGUGGCAGUGCCAUGCAGCCCAGCUGCAUCAAAUGGGCCUUGACGGGUCAGCAUUUUGGCCUUGCAGAUCCAGAAUUGGGUGAACCUCUCUGCCUCCGGGAUGUGGGAAAGUGAGGCCAGGAGCUAUUAUAAAGGAACCCCCUCUUCUUCUGUCAGCUUUUGACACUCUGCCAAGGUGCUGCCAAUCUUCUGGGCACCCCGAGCUGCUCUGUGUCCUCCAUGGAACGCCAGAAGGAGCAGUCCAGGGCCUGCUUCCCCUUUGGCAGCUGCUUUUUAUGCCCCAAACAUUUGAAAGCAAUCAAAUACUUGGUCAAGCAGCCAGCCAACCAGCCACACUCUGUCUUUCUUAGAACAAGAAAAAGAGAAUGAAAACAACAAGCCUGAAGAAAGUCAGAAUAGAAGUAUAUAGGAGCAGAAAGCAAAGACAUGUACAGCUUGCAGUAAAGGCAGGACCAUAGCUGCCAAGUCUCCCGUAUUCCCCGGGAAACCCGUUUUUCCAGCCGUUCCCAGCUGGAAAAACGGAUUUUUUGUUUUUUCCUGGUUUACUUACCGGCCAGGGGAGGCACCUUCUGCGCAUGUCUGGAGUCUCUGGACAUGAGCAGAAGCGAUUUCUGGCGCGGCGGCCAUUUUGGAACUGGGCGGAGCAUGCUCAGAAGCUACUCUCGAUGCUGCUCUGCCCAGUUCCAAAAUAGCCGCAGCGCGACUUCCAGCACGGCGGCCAUUUUGGAACUGGGCAGAGCAGCAUCGAAAGUCGCUUCUGAGCAUGCUCCGCCCAGUUCCAAAAUGGCGGCAGCGCUACUUCCGGUCUGCCGAUCCCUUAUUUUUCCGGCAGGAACUUGGCAGGUAUGGGCAGGACAGAUUAAGGAAUGCUUAGGUCUCCUCCUCCUUCCCAAGGUGUUUGUCACGCUGGUGAGGCCUAAACAUGGCAAGGCUCACUCCAACUAGGAGAUAGAUGAGUAGAUAAGAUACCCUGGGCUACCACAAAAUAUUGAAUCAGUGUUUUUAACAUGGAACAACAUUGACCACAACCCAACAAAAAACAGUCAUCUCUCCCACUAAUACAGACUUUACUGUGCUUACCUUUGGCUGGGUUGGACCUCUCAGGUCUAGAAUUGCCAAAGUAAAAUAAUUAUUCCUCGGUUAUAUUAGUCAAAUUGUUGCUUUAGGCUUUGCUCCCUACACAUCUGACCACUUAAAGAAAAAAGUGCUGCUUGAUAAUUUGCAACAAUAAGUUGGGGAUAGUAAACAUGGAAAUUCAGUAUUCUUCUAUUAUUGUCUGACUUGUAUUUAAUUGAAGCUGUUAAUGUGGUAUUGUUACUGUUUUUCUUAUGUAUUUUAUGUUGCUGCUGUCUACUCCAUUUAUGCACCACUAAUGUGAGAUUGUAACUCAUUUGUGAUAAAUUAUUGUGUGUACUUUACAUGUUGCAGUUACAGAUAAACAGCGAUUGCCCGCCA